AUGAUAUCUAAACUCAUGCUUAAACACAAUCCUCAAAUCAAGGAGACAUAAGACAACAACAAAUCUUACUUGGGAUAGUUUUUAUAUGAAAGUUUUGAUGACAUCUCCAAGAAUAAUGAGCUAGAAAACGCUACGCUAUUUUAUAAUUCCAAAAUAUCUACCAAAGUCAACAAAGAUUUUCAAGAAAGUGAAUAGAUAAUACAGAUACCUAAAAAUGUCUAUGUCACUACAAAUGAAAGGCAUAGGAAGCUUGAAAAUAUCAGGCAAAGAUUAAGGAAAAAUCACUUUGAUCAUUAAAACUUUGACCCACAGAUACAGACAAGAGAUUCUUAAAAAUACUUUGAAGGAGUAUAUAAACUUAACUAGACAAUCGAUGAUGAAUAUCAUGAUUCUAUCCCAUUAAUAGCAGAAAAUAAUGCUAAAUACGAUACUUUCGAAGUUGAGAAUCAAUCUGUUUUCUUUAACAAUGGGUAAAGAGCUUAGUUUUGUAAAGAGAUUCCUUCUAAUAAUAUUAACUCCUCAUCAAUUUAUGGCUUAGGUAAUGACUUUAAUGAUUCUUAGAAUUAAAUGCAGACUAAGAACUUAUCUUAGUAGCUAUUCUGGUAAUUCAAGCAUAAUCAAUAAGUGCCAAAUUUAAAAGAUACGCCAUUGGAAGUGAAGAGAUCUAUUAUUGAUUUGACGCAAAGAUAAAAAUCAAAAUUUGAGACUCUCAAUAAAAAUAGUCAAAUGAGAUAAUAGCUGAAAGAGAUAGAGCAUCUACUCGACAGUGGUUAUGAAAUAAUUGUUCAAACUAAGAGUAAGACUGAUUUACUUAAGUAAAAAGAAGAAAUGGAGAAAGCUUCUCAAUAACUAUUAAUUCCAAUGAAGAAAAAACUUACACAGCUAAAAGCUGAAAAAAGAGCUUAGGCUUUGAAGCAAAAGGCAAAGCAGCUAAACUCUGAUAUACAAAGUCAAAUAAAAACUGCAGCUGAUGAGGCAAGAGAGGUAAGUGUCAAAAUGGGUAAUAACUUUGACGGUUAAACAGAGUCACUUAUGACUGAUCAGACUAUGUAAAAUUCUAACUAGCAACUACAGACAGUUAGCUUCAAUGUGAAUUUAAACAUUUAAAACCAAGAAAAAUUAAAAACAAUUGAACAUGCAAGUCAAUCAAUUAUACUGCCAAUGAGAAGGGGAUGCCUAGACAAGGAAUAGCAUGAUAAGACCAAUCUCCUAAUCAUCCACAAUUGA